AGCCCUGCACUUGGGAGUGUGUGCGUCAGUCUGCUGCCUCCAAGCAAGCCACUGCACUGCUGGCUGCAGAGCACAGGCCUCACCAUGAAGCUGGCCCUCCUGCCCUGGGUCCUGCUGUUGCUGGCGACAGUCCCCGGCCCUGGGCCCAGGCCCACAGCAGAUGCUCAACACAGCUGCUCUCUGCGCUGUGGGGACCAGAACGGGACCUGCUCCUGCCACCCGACCUGCUUAGGCCUCGGCUCCUGCUGUUCAGACUUCCGUGACUUCUGCCUGGAGGUCUCGCCCUCCUCAGGCUCCAUGAUGGGCGGGAAGGACUUCGUGGUGCGGCAUUUCAAGUGGUUCCAACCCACAGAAGGCGUGAUCUGCAGGUUUAAGGAGAGCAUUCAGAUCCUCGGCUACGUGGACUCCUUGGGGCAAGUGCAUUGCGUGUCACCCCUGCUCUAUGAGACUGGCCGCAUCCCCUUCACCAUCUCAAUGGACAAUGGCCGCUCCUUCCUUCGUGCAGGCACCUGGCUGGCUGCACACCCUAACAAAGUGUCACAGUCAGAGAAGAGCCAACUGGUGAACGAGACCCGCUGGCAGUACUACGGCACCCCAGGCACCACCACAGGGAACCUCAGUCUCACCUGGGACACCACAGUGCUGCCCACGCAGACCGUCGCCAUCGAGCUGUGGGGCUACGACGAGACAGGGACGCCAUACUCAGGGAACUGGACAGCAAAGUGGUCAUAUCUGUACUCGCUGGCCACCAACGCCCCCAACUCUGGCUUUUUUACUUUCACCCCCAAACCUGCACUUGCCACCCACCAGAGAUGGAGAGUGGGUGCGCUGCGGAUCACCUCCAGCAGACACUACCAAGGGGAGAAGGAUGUGCUGGCAAUCUGGACCAAUGAGCAUGCGCUGGCCUGGCACCUGGGUGAUGACUUCCGCAAUGACUCAGUGAGCUGGGCCCGUGCACAGUGCCUGGACUGGGAGAAGGUGGAGGACCAGCUGCCCGACUUCCUAAAGGAGCUGCCUGACUGCCCCUGCAACCUGGUCCAGGCCCGGGCCGACACUGGCCGCUUCUUUACAGACUACGGCUGUGACACUGAGCAGAACAACACUUGCACCUACCACCCGGGGGCCGUGCACUGUGUACGCUCUGUGCAGGCCAGCCCCAGGUACGCCUCAGGCCAGCAGUGCUGCUACAGGGAAGACGGCUCACAGCUCCUGACCACCGACUCCAUUGGCGGCAGCACGCCCGACCGCGGUCACGACUGGGGCGCACCUCCAUACCGCACGCCACCCCGUGUGCCCACCUUGUCCCACUGGCUCUAUGAUGUCAUCAGCUUCUACUACUGCUGCCUCUGGGCACCUGAGUGCUCCCGAUACAUGCGGCGGCGGCCUUCCAGUGACUGCCGCACCUACCGUCCCCCACGCCUGGCUUCUGUCUUCGGGGAUCCCCACUUCGUCACCUUCGACCACACCAACUUCACGUUCAAUGGGCGCGGCGAGUACGUGCUGUUGGAGGGGGAGGCGGACGGGAAGGACCUGAGGGUUCAGGCAAGGGCGGAGCCUGCGACGAUGAACAGUGGCACCCGGGCCCGGGGCACGGGGCUGACGGCAGUGGUCGUACAGGAGGACAACUCAGACGUGGUGGAGGUGCGGCUGGCCAGCGGGUCUGGGGUCCUGGAAGUGCUGCUGAAUUCUGAGGUGCUCAGCUUUGCCGAGCAGAGCUGGAUGGACCUGAAGGGCUUGUUCCUGUCGGCAGCUGGUGAGGAAAAAGUAUCCAUCAUGUUGUCAUCGGGGGCUGGCCUGGAGGUCAGCGUACAGGGCCCUUUCCUGAGUGUGGCUGUCCUGCUGCCUGAGAAGUUCCAGAACCACACGCGUGGCCUCCUUGGGACCCUGAAUAACAACCCUGCUGAUGAUUUCACCCUGCGAAGUGGGCAAGUCCUGCCCCCGAAUGCCAGUGCCCAGGAGUUGUUCCGGUUUGGGGCUGAAUGGGCCGUGCACAAUAGCUCCACCCUGUUCACAUAUGACUCCUGGUUGCUGGUCGACAACUUCCUGUACCAACCCAAGCACGACCCCAGCUUCAAGCCCCUCCUCUCCAAUGAGAUUGUCCUCAGCCCUGAGCAGGCAGAAGAGGUAGCUAAGAUGUGCGGGGAUGACCAUUUCUGCAAGUUCGAUGUGGCGGCCACUGGGAGCCUGAGCGUGGGCAAUGCCACACGGGUGGCCCACCAGACGUACCGCGAGCGCCUACAGAGUCUGCAGCCUGUGGUGUCCUGUGGCUGGCUGGCGGCCCCUUCCAACGGGCACAAGGAAGAUUUCAAGUACCUGAUGGGCUCCACCAUCCGCUUCCACUGCAAUAGUGGCUACAGCUUGGCCGGGGCAGAGACCAGCACCUGCCAGGCUGACGGCACUUGGUCCGCACCCACCCCGCAAUGCCAGUUAGGACGGAGCUACACAGUGCUGCUGAGCAUCGUCUUCGGAGGCCUGGCAGUGGUGACGCUGGUCGCUGUCAUCUACAUGCUGCUGCGCCGUAGCAGGAAGAGCAACAGGACCCUGUGGAGUUCGCAUCCCUGAGACCAGAGCACACUUGGGCGGCAACACAGGCUCACGUCAGGGCCAGGACCCAGCCUCCCAGGAGAAGGCUGUAGACUCCCAGUCACAUGCGUGCCGAGGCUGUGCUUCCGGAUCCCUAGGACUGGGCACCCCAGAGCUGGGUUUUAAUUCCUGUGGACCCAAGACCCAGUGCCCGAUCUCAGUGCCCAGUCUCAUCUCAGCCCUGAGACACGAUACUUGCACCUUGCUUUGUUCCCUAUAUUCCUUAAGGUUAUGUAAGUCCUUAAACCUGAGACUUCAUACUCUGGAAUAAUAGCUGUGUUCCUGAGCCCUAAGGCAUCAGAAACUCACACUCCAUACCUCACACCCUGUAGCUUGGUGGCAGCGACCCUGACCCCUGACAGACUGAGACACUGCUCCCCUCCAUCCUGUGGGUGCCCCCAUGCCAAGGUGCCUUGGUUCCCGCACCUCCCGCCCAGCCUGAGACCCCAGCUGGGCUCAGCCCCAGGGCAAAGAAAAGCCUUAUGACCCCCAGAGGAGCAAGGGCCGCCGUGAUGGAAGGAGACACGUUCUGUGCUCCAAGCUUAUAUUUCUACCUCUUCUGGCAUGUUGCUUGGUAACACCCCUGCCCGUGUGUAUGAGGAGAAGACAAGAUUCGUGUGUCCUUUC